CUUAUGAUUGGUAGAUAUUCAUGACGUUAUUCUUGGUUCCCAUAUUUUCGUGUUUAGGCAUUAAUAGUAAAGAGCCACGCUGGUACACAAUUAAUUGCGUCAGGAAAUAAAUCGAUCGUCGACAUAAAUCUCAGGAUAUUUUAGUUCUUUUUUCAAAGGUUCAUGUCUGCAUCAAGAUAGCAAGAGUUUAAUUACGAGACAGCUGAUGAAAAUGCCAAUGAAGAAACCUUUCCCAACAAGUGAGAGUUCAGAUGAUUCAGAUGAAUUUGUACCCAAUGCUAAAAGAGCCAAGAUUGAAAAAUCAGGUGAUGAGUACUCAUUGAGAAGGGAGAGGAACAAUAUUGCUGUCCGUAAAAGUCGUGAAAAGAGCCGUGCUAAAGCCAAGGAAACUCUGGCACAAGUCGACAAAUUGCGACAGGAGAAUGAGAUGCUAGAGCAGAAGGUCACUAUUCUGUCAAAGGAAUUAAGUGUUUUAAAAGAUUUAUUUCUGGCGCAUGCUGGGAACGUUGGUGAAGUUACUUGUCCAUCACCACCGCCAACAACUGUGACGGUGCAGGUUACAGCAUCAGCUGAUCAUCAAUACUCGGUGAAGUCGGAGCACGAGAAUUGACUCAGGGAGUUUAGAAGGAUGUUAGAACUUAUAAUGUACAUUGUGUUAGACAGACUCUUCAUCCUUCUCCGAAGUUUUGUGUAUAUUGUGAUCAUGGUCAACCAUUCAGAAAGAGGAUAUCCAACAAAACUGUCUGUUAUGAAUUAUAAAGAAGGUUUCAGUUAGCAAUAUUAAGAAUUAUUAUUGUUCAUACCAAAACUGUGUUUACAUCAUACAAUUAAGUCAUGACCAAUCAUCUAAUGUUAUGAUACUAUUCUAGGAAAUAAUCCCGGUUAUAUUGAACAUGGACACAUUUUCUUCACACAGACAGCUAAUUAAUGUUUUGUUGUUGUAUCAUGUACAUUUUAUUUAGAAAAUUAAAAAAAUCUUUUAAA